CUUGUUUCUUGGUGUUGGAGAAAAACACAGCAGCACCCCCAUUAUCGCCAGACGCCAGCGAUCAGGGAGCUUUCUGAGAUAUGGUCCAGUGCUGAUGGCGCACUCUGAGCUGUUUGCGGCGAGAGCGCCCCCUGUGGGGGGGGACGCUGCAGACCUGGAUGCUCUGAGCAUCCUGGACUCUUUCGGGGAGGAAAACAGCACUGCAGAGAGAUGCUAUCGCGCGCACUCCCGCAGCAGCGUCCUGCAGGGUCUCCCGUUUGGAGGGGUGCCCACUGUCCUCGCAAUCAAUGUUGUCCUUUGGAUGUUCCUGCUGCUCAUCUUCUCCUGUCUGAGGAAGGCUGCGUGGGACUAUGGCCGCCUGGCUCUGCUGAUGGAGAAUGACAGUCUCACGUCCCUGUUUUAUGGCGAACCAAGUGAGAAGGAGAAGUCUCCGUCAGAGUCCAGCCCCUCCGACUCGGACACCAAGGACAUGGGCUUCUGCUCAUGGCUCUCGUCACUUUACCAUAUGAAGGAUGAGGAGAUCCGUAGCAAGUGCGGCAUCGAUGCGGUCACAUACCUGUCCUUCCAGCGCCACAUCAUCCUGCUCAUGACGGUGGUUUGCCUGCUGUCUUUGGCCGUAAUCCUGCCGGUCAACUUUUCCGGAGACCUCCAGGGAGACAGUCCUGAAAACUUUGGAAGAACAACGCUGGCUAAUGUGAGCGCAAAGGACAGCUUUCUGUGGCUCCACAGCAUCUUGGCUCUGGUCUACUUCAUCAUCACGGUGUUGUGUAUGGCUCACCACUUGGUACGGCUGGAGUACAGAGAAGAUGAGAAGGUAGCCAGGACGCUGAUGAUAACGUCCAUACCAAGAGAGAUCUCUGACCCAGGACUCAUCACCAAACACUUUCAUGAGGCCUACCCCAGCUGUACUGUCACUGAUAUUCGUUUCUGCCUCGACGUCCACAACCUGAUGAGGCUGGACUUGGAGAGACGGAAGGCAAUGAAAGGCAGGCUGUAUUUUGCCAGUAAGGCCCAGAAGGAGGGGAAGAUCAUGAUCAAGAUCCAUCCAUGUGCUCAAAUAUUCUGCUGCGACUUCUGUGGCUUUGAAAAGGUGGAUGCAGAGCAGUACUACAGCGAGUUAGAAGAAAAGCGGACGGAUGAGUUUAAUGCUGAGAAGAACCGCAUCUCUAUGAAGAGGCUCGGCAUCGCUUUUGUGACUUUCCGUGAUGAAAGGAUGACUGCUGUUAUUGUGAAGGACUAUGGUUGUGUUCGCUGCCGUCGUUCUCCCCAGCAGUCCAGCAUCACCACGGUGGUGCAGUCCCACAAAUGGGGGGUCAGCUACGCACCUGCCCCCAGUGACAUCAUAUGUUCUCGUAUGGCUCUGGGGUAG